AUGCCCGCCAAUAGGACACUCUCAGCCGUGCCCGCUGCUACAGCAGCCAAGCGUAAGAACGCUCCAAGAGAAGAUGAGGAUGAUUCGGGGAGCGACAGCGGCAGUGAUGUCAGCAUGAUCAACGUGGACUUUGACUUCUAUAGCUUUACACCGGAUGUAGACCUGAUAGCCCUCAAGCGGCUUCUUCGUCAAACGCUGUCGCAGGAUGACAGCAUGAUCGACGUGCAUCCGCUCGCUGAGCUCAUACUGUCAGAGGGUGUACGCACAGGUGCAGGAAGCACCAUCAAGACAGAAGGGGAGGAGAGCGAUCCCUGGGCGAUGGUAGCUGUUCUUGAUAUCAACCGAAAUAGAGCCAACCCAGCGCUCGCACCCUUCCUCGACUACCUGCGUAGCACACUACCCGCUACUUCACCCAUCAGCGCCGUCCUCGACCCUUCGAGCCCAAGCCGGCCCGCUCUCACAUUCUCCCUCCGCCUGCUGAAUCUCCCCCUGCCGCUCAUUCCGCCAUUAUACAAGAUGCUUGGUUCGGAGCUGGCAGAGGGGAGGAAAGAGGGACGAGAUAUCCCAGAGUUCACGCACUAUCUGGUUUGGGGAAGGGGAUAUAAGCUGGAGGGGACGGAAGAGGCCAUGGGGCUGGAGAUGGACGGAGCAAAUAAUGCUGGAGGGAAGAAGAAGAAGUCCAAAGCGGGGACAAGACAACCUAUGACCCCACUGCAGGCGGGGACUUUCCCAUAUCACCCAGAAGAGGCAUAUCUUGACGACGUUGCGACUACAGUUCACACAUAUCCCUUCAAAUCUGCUCAACCGCGAGACGACGACUCGUUCGGCGUUGAGCAGCACGGCCGACUCGUACUGCUCACAGCAGCGGCUAUGACCAGCGCUGUCGCCGCGAUGGAAGAGGCAUGUCGGCAGUAG